CUCGCUGGCCGAGGGGCUCAUUAAAUCCCCGCGGCCGUUGAUGAAGAAGCAGGCGGUGAAACGGCACCACCAUAAACACAACCUCAAACACCGCUACGAGUUCCUGGAAACGUUAGGGAAAGGCACCUACGGGAAGGUGAAAAAAGCCCGGGAGCGCUCCGGUAAACUGGUGGCUAUCAAGUCAAUCCGGAAAGACAAAAUCAAGGAUGAACAGGACCUUGUCCAUAUCCGGAGAGAGAUUGAGAUCAUGUCCUCCCUCAACCACCCCCACAUCAUUGCUGUCCACGAAGUGUUUGAGAACAGCAGCAAGAUCGUCAUCGUGAUGGAGUACGCCAGCAAGGGGGACCUGUAUGACUACAUCAGCGAGCGGCAGCGGCUGACGGAGCAGGAGGCACGCCACUUCUUCAGGCAGGUCGUGUCGGCCGUCUACUACUGCCACAAGAACGGGAUCGUUCACAGGGACCUGAAGCUGGAGAACAUCCUUCUCGAUACAAACGGGAACAUCAAGAUUGCAGACUUUGGCCUGUCCAACGUCUACCAGCAGGACAAACUUCUGCAGACUUACUGCGGCAGCCCUCUCUACGCAUCCCCCGAAAUCAUCAAUGGGAGGCCGUACAAGGGCCCAGAGGUGGACAGCUGGUCCCUGGGCGUUCUCCUCUACAUCCUGGUCCAUGGCACGAUGCCGUUCGAUGGCCAUGACUACAAGACUCUGGUCAAGCAGAUCACGAGCGGGGACUACCGGGAGCCCACAAAGCUGUCGGAUGCCUGCGGGCUGAUUCGGUGGAUGCUGAUGGUGAACCCAGAGCGCCGCGCCACCAUCGAGGACAUCGCCACGCAUUGGUGGGUGAACUGGGGCUACAAAGUGCCCAUUGGGGAGCAAGAGCUGCUGCGGGAGAGCGAGUCCCCCCUGGCCACGGUGGCAGAGUGGCUUCGCCGUUCCUCCCGGCCCCUCCUGGAGAACAGCUCCAAGGUGCGAUGCUUCUUGAAGCAGCACAUCCCCGGCGUGGCCCUGGAGCGGCAGCGCUCCCUCAAGAAGUCCAAGAAGGAGAACGACGUCUCCCACGCGCUGCAGGAGGUGGCCCUGGCCCCGGAGAACCCCUCCAAGUCCAUUCUCAAGCGGCCCAAGGGCAUCCUGAAGAAGAGAAACUCCUGCGAGCAGAAGGUGCCUGGCCCCGGCCCCUCAUCGGCAGUGCCCGUAGGAGAGGCGAGGGAUGAGGAUGGUGAGGUGGCUGCUGCGGGUCUCACCCGGAUCCUGUCCUCCGGGAUGCUGCCUUGCAACACGGGCGUUGGAGCGGUGCCCACGGCUGCGCCCAAGAAGGGAAUACUGAAAAAGCCCUCGACGAGGGAGUCGGGAUACUACUCAUCCCUGGAGUGCUGCGAGUCUGGGGAUGUUCUGGAUGCGGGGAGCUUGGACCUUGAUGGGAGCGUGUUUGCUGACAACCCCUCCCCAGAGCAGGGCCCCCAGGGUCUCACUGCUCGUCGGAAAGGCAUCCUCAAGCACAACAGCAAGUACUCCUCUAGCAGCACCGAGCCAGAGAGUCUCCCCGGGCAGGGUUUUGGGGGCUUCGGUGAAGUGCCCCUGCCCCAGGCUCCCCGUGCCCGCCCAUCCAGCGCCGUGAGCGAGGACAGCAUCCUCUCCACGGAGUCUUUCGACCAGCUCGACCUGCCCACCCGCGUCCCCCACGGCAGCGGGGGCAUGCGGGGUUGCAUCUCUGCCGACAGCCUCCUCCGGCUGGAAGAGGAGGAGGAGAUAGAGGAAGGGCGCAGGCUGCGCCGCUGGACUGUGACCCAUUGCCGGAGUCCCCUGCAAGAAAGCAGCUUGUCCCUGGCGGGCUGUGACAAUGUCACGGAGGUUUACCGGCGUGCCGUGGCCAUCAGCAUGAAGUUGAGCUGA